GCAUCUAGGACGUUUUUACGCGACCGUGUAAUAUAACCUUUAGUCACCUUCGCCUCUUUUUGGCCACUUCCUCACUCACUUAGACCUGGUUCCUGGUCAGUAUUCCUGCGGCAGGACACGGCUCGCUUGUCAAGCACUUGUACGAGCAUGGCCGAGGUUGUGACAGAUCAGACACCGCCGGUGCUCCGCGGCCCAACCGAGAAGGAGAAAAAAUAUGAUCGACAGCUCAGGCUCUGGGCUGCUAGUGGUCAGGCCGCGUUAGAGUCGGCUAAUAUCCUCCUAGUUAGCUCUGGUGCUGGUACAGUCGGCGUUGAGACCCUGAAGAACCUCGUACUCCCAGGGAUCGGUAAAUUUGUGAUCGCCGAUGAUGCCGUUGUUGACGAGCCUGACUUGGGCGUGAAUUUCUUCCUUGAUCAGAGCUGCUUGGGUAUGUCACGAUCGGAGUGCUGCACCAAGCUUCUGCUGGAGCUGAAUCCAGAAGUCCAGGGAGACUGGUACCCCAAAAGAGAGGAGAAAUGGGACCUUCAUGGUGUCCUCGACGGUUCAAGUCCCUUCACGCUAAUCAUGUAUACAAACCCCAUCCGAGAAGAGGACCUCGCCACCAUCGAAGCUUAUGCGACACAGAAUCAAAUACCUGUCGUGUGUAUUCACUCCACGGGGUUCUACUCAUAUUUUCGUUUUAGUUUGCAUGGAACCUUCCCCAUCGUCGACACUCACCCCGAAGUGGACAAGACGACAGAUCUUCGCCUCUUGCAACCCUGGCCAGAGCUGUCUGCAUUUGCAGAGCAGAUGGUUGAGGAGAUAGACACCCUCGAUGAUCACGAACAUGGGCAUCUACCGUAUGUCGUUGUUCUGCUCCACUUCCUUGAACGGUGGAGGCAAUCGCACGAUGGCAAAAAUCCUACCACACCCAAGGAGAAGAAAGAGUUUAGUAAACUUGUCACGAGUGGCGCCAGGACCAAUAAUCCUGAAGGUGGCGAAGAGAACUUCCAGGAGGCCGUCGAUGCAAUAAACAAGAACAUCAAGGUACCCGAGUUAGACCCCGGUUUACAGGAGGUGUUCAAUCACCAAGUCUCAAGCGAGGUCGAACGGCAAUCAUCGUUUUGGGUUAUUGCUAGGGCCAUCAGUCUGUUCUACCAAACACACGGGUGUCUCCCGCUCCCUGGGUCAUUACCUGAUAUGAAGGCACAAUCGAGCGUUUACGUCAAGUUGCAGGGGUUAUACAAAGAAAAGGCCCGGAAAGAUGCGCGAGAGGUGCUGGAGUCUGUGAGAGCGAGCGUUGGUGGCGAACAUAUUGACCAAGCUGAAGUGGACUUGUUCUGCAAGAACGCCCGCUUUGUCAAAUUGAUUAAUGCAAAGCCGAGGCUCUCAGAUCUUGGCCUGAUCUUUGAGAGCGAGAAAGCGGAUGACGAAGCAGCAGAAGCCAUGAGAAUCGAGACUGGAGGAGCCUUUAGUUUGCCCCUGUCAAAUUUUUUCAUCUACCUGGCGCUAAGGGCCACAGCUCACCACCCGUCUGCUACCGCCGACGAGAUCAUGAAGACUGUAACCCAGAUGGUACCUCAGGCUGCGGACUAUGAUAGAGUAAGCCAAAUCGCCCAAGAGGUCGCGAGAGCCAAAGGCGGCGAACUUCACAACAUUUCCGCCCUCACUGGCGGGAUGGUAGCACAGGAAGUGAUCAAAAUUAUCACGAAGCAAUACAUUCCCAUUGACGAUACUUGCAUAUUCGACGGCAUUAGCAGCCGAUGUCAAGUAAUAAGGUUAUGAUUACGGGCCCUGGAUGGUCUUCUUGCAGCAGAAAAUGGCGCUACAUUCAUAGGCGAGACGCCCGGAGCUCGCUUUGAUGAUCCGGGUUUAGCCAAGUAGGAGCUGUGGGGGCUUACUCGAACUUGGAUACUUGGCGGACACAAUGAUACAUCACAGUCGUAACCUCGACCCCGAAAUGAGAAGGCCAGGGGUAUGUAUCGGACCGCAGGCCCUUAUAAUAACACUAUGCUCUGCAAAUAGCUCCUUUCAUAGGACUCAAUCAUCGACAGACUUUGGCUCGCAGCACUGUGUGCAGACGACUAUCAGAAAAAAGCCGUCCAGGCGGCUGAAUAAGACUGCAUUCGUACUGAGAUCUGGAGUACCUUGUUCGCUCAUCUCACCGUUUUCCUUCUAGGCCAAGGGAAGUAACGGUA